UGAUUCUAAUUAGUAAGCAUGUCUCUAACAGGACCGUAUGGUGAUGGUUGGGGUUCUCCGGCCUCUUGAAAAAUACACACACCCCAUUAUCAGGAAGCGCUUGAGCGCAUCAGGAGGACAGAUUGGUCCAGUUCUCCAGGCUUGCACCACAAUAAAGAACCUCUUUCGCGCUAGAACGAUUGUAUAUACCUCUAACAGUCGUUGCAUUAGCUGCAUGUUUCAUUUGUAGUGGAGCUAGCCCAUCGUUGGAGGCAAUUUGCGGUUCGCUCGGUCAGUGUAGGGGAGCGCUGCCAUUAUAUCCACUGGGUUGUGCGAGACAUCGAACGGAUGGAGGAAUAUACUACGGGUGGAGGAAGAACGGAUGAAUAAAGGGAUUGUAUGAGAUCUGCAUUAACAUUGCAUUUGCUGUUUUCACGGCUCUGUCUAUCGGGGUUCCCCCAGCAGUUGUCUUGCAGAGGCGGGUAGGCAUUAAACAAUAGCGCUCCGAGGAGCGCUGGAUACAGUAUCGCUGAGCACAGAACCUCGAGCAUCAUCAUCAUCAUCAUCACCAUUCACUACUACGAGCGUUCACCAAUGGAGACGGCCACGCGCUCUAGUGUUCCUCACACAUAGAUCACAAAGAUCCGUAGGUGUAAAAUCCGACCAUAAUCAUAGGCUAAUCCUCAUCCCUGGAAACAUAUCCUGCAAUGAUGAAUUCUGCCGAGGCGGCUGAGGAAGGACCGAACGAUCCAGAUACGGAGCAGUUUUUCAAAACAGUUCCAUCUUUCUCAUCAGGAUCUCUUAGGAAUGAUGGAAUCAACGCGGCUGAUGUUCUAACAGUUUUAAGAGAGAAGGUUGCCUUUGUCUCAGGAGGAAGAGACAAGAGAGGAGGACCUAUCCUUACAUUCCCUGCACGAAGUAAUCAUGAUAGAAUAAAGCAAGAAGACUUAAGGAAACUGGUGACCUACCUCUCUACUGUGCCCAGUGAGGAUGUAAGUAAACGAGGGUUUACAGUGAUCGUAGAUAUGCGCGGCUCUAAGUGGGAUCUAAUCAAGCCAUUGCUGAAGACGCUACAGGAGUCAUUUCCAGCUGAGAUCUGCGUCGCUCUCAUUAUCAAACCAGAUAACUUCUGGCAGAAGCAGAAGACCAAUUUUGGCAGUGCCAAGUUCACAUUUGAGACCAGUAUGGUUUCAGUGGAAGGUCUGACUAAGAUAGUGGAUCCAUCUCAGCUGACGGCAGAUCUGGAAGGGACCCUGGAGUAUAACCAUGUAGAAUGGACUGAGCUCCGUGUUUCCCUUGAGGAGUUCACUGGAGGCGCUCUGCACCUCCUUUCCCGGCUGGAGGAGCUGCAAGAGGUGCUUUCUCACCAGGAGCUGGCAACUAAUGCAGAGGAAGCACGGAAACUCCUGGAGGAGCACGCUCGACUGAGGAAGACUAUGACGAAGGCACCUGUGGAUGAGUUAGACCAUGAAGGACAGCGACUCCUUCAAAAGAUCAGGGACGGAGGCGACGGAAGGCUGUCUGGUGGGGCUGACUUCCAGAGUUUGGUACCUAAGAUUUCCGCCCUAUUGGAUAAACUUCAAGUUACGCGGCAGCAUCUGCUACAGGCCUGGCACAACCGCAAACAACAGCUAGACCAGUGUUUUCAGUUACGUCUGUACGAGCAGGAUGCAGAAAAGAUGUUUGAAUGGAUCGGACACAACAAAGAGCUGUUCCUGCAGACACACACAGACAUUGGUGUGAGCAACCAGCAUGCAGCAAAUCUACAGACCCAGCAUGACCACUUUGCUAUGAACUCUAUGAAUGCGUAUGUCAAUAUCUCGCGUAUCGUCUCGGUGGCGACGCGGCUGUGUGAGGCGGGUCAUUACGCUGCCGCUCAGAUACAGCAGAUCUCUGGCCAGCUGGAUCAGGACUGGAAGAGCUUUGCCUCGGCGCUGGAGGAGCGCAGUGCCAUCCUUGCCAUGUCCUCUGUGUUCCACCAGAAAUCUGAACAGUUUCUGUCCAGCAUGGAGGGAUGGAUGAAGUCAUGUGGUGAGGGCAGCUUGCCCACAGCAGCGCAAGAGCUGGAGAUAGCUAUUCACAACCACCAGAAUCUAUACGAGCAGGUCACCACAGCAUAUACAGAGGUCAGUCAGAAAGGAAAAAUACUACUGGAUGUUUUGCAGAGGCCUCAGCCUCCGCCUGACUCCGGGUCCCUGACGGCAGGGGCCGACUACAGUCAGGCGGUGAGGGGGGUUCUGGAGGUGGUCCAUGAGGUAGUUCAUCAGUAUCGCAGACUGGAGGGUCUCUUGCAACACCGCAAGCUCCGGCUGCACCAGAGACUUCAGCUGUGUGUGUUUCAACAAGAUGUGCAGCAGGUAUAUGGAUUAUGGAAAUCAUGUAUAGAUAUGCUCAGAUAUGCAUGCAAUUCCCAAAGAUGCAAUCCUGCAUGCACUUACACACACUAUACACAAAGAAUUCAACAUCUGACUAAUCUGACCCCAGCCUCUCAACCUUUCAGCAGCUGUUUUUAGAUCUUUGUGUGUAACAAUGUUUCUCCUAUGGCAGAACAAAUAUCAAGUGCAGAGAGCAUUAGAGGAAGUGACACGGACUCUGGCUCAUAGAGUUGCCUGAGAUUGCCUCAGCGUCCUCGAGGGACGGAAGUAUUGUGCUUGGCCUCUAGUCAAUGCCUCCAACAAUACACUCUGCUUCCUGUGGCCGUCGCCUUCAGGGGCUUUUUGUUGUACAUUCACCGGUUCUCUGUCAGGACUGUGUUGUUUCUUUGAUGUGGCUGGAAUCUUUCCAGGGUCUCUUUAGACAGAGACAGGUUUACUCGAGCAUUGAGCUUGUGCGGUGAACUAAAAGAACUUUGACUUCUAACUGUCAAAGUUUGCUGAACCUUCAAAAAUCCCCCGAGCCUCUUUGGAACUAACUAUUUAAGCUCUGACUUGCUGUUAGAAUAUGUUAAAUGUUUCUAUCGGAAAUAAACAUCACAAAUUAAAUGACUCUUGUGAAAAAGAAACACAAUUUAGCAUACAGUUAAAAACAGUACUUAUUAUGUUAAGUAAACAGUACUUAUUAAUAUGCUCAAGUGCAAAUUGAGUGUAUUGUUUCUGGACACUUAAUUGCAUGUUAUUAAAAAAAUAUAUAUGAAAUUAAUGAGUGCGUUAUAGUUUAAAUUUAUAUUAAAUGCAAUUAGUUGAACUUAAGAGUGUUUACAUAAAUUCGACAUGAAUAAGACUAGGUUGAAAAUUGUCAUAAUUUACUUUCCCUCAAACUGUUCCAGACUUGUAUGAGUUUCUUUCAUCUGCUGAACACACACAAAAAAGAUAUUUUGAAGAAUGUGGGUAACCAAACAGUUGCUGGUCCCCAUUGACUUCCAUAGUUCCAACAUUAUUCAGAAUAACUUAUUUUAUGUUCCAUAGAAAAAAGAAACUCUUUCAAGUUUGGAACAACUUGAGGGUGAGUAAAUGAUGACAGCAUUUUAAUUUUUGGGUGAACUAAUUACUAAAAUACAUCUUUAUAUAUCAUAAUUACUUCUAUUGUCUUUGAAAUAUGAUUAAAGCAUACUGCCAGAUUUAAUGUGAAUUGAAUUUUGCAUUUAAUUAUAUUUAUUAUUGUCCAUUUUUAAUGACGGACAUGCAGUUUAUUAAAUGUAUUAACUUUAUAUUAACUAAAACUUUUAAUUUCCCUUUAUUACUGAGGGCUUUUUAAAAAUGUAUGUGUGUGUGUGUGUAGAAACAUAACUAAUGAACACUUAAGUGACCUCUUAUUGCAUUAACAUUAUCUGCAAUACACACAUACACAUUGUGCACGCAC